UUGGCGCGGACCUGCACGCCGCAGCUGCUUCCUUGCCUUUCGUGGGUUUUGUCGCUUCCUCCCAAAGACGGGGCGAGGGGAGAAGAAGCCUUCAGAUGGGGCAUUGUUAAGCUGCGCCUUGGGAAGUUUCAUGCAGCUCUGAUCUCACCCGCCCCGCAGACGGGCAGCCGUCCCCUCAUUUAGCAAUCCCUGUGCGCGACCUCAGGAGAUUGACAGGCUGUUCUGCAGCUUCAGGUUUAGUAACAUAUUUUGCCAAGUUUGCACAAAGUCCGUUCUGGCAUACGAACAUGCACUAUCCUGCAGCGCUCGUAGCUGAAAAGGAAAAAAUGUGCCGAAGCUCUAGGCCCCUGUCCUCCCAAGGCACAUGUGCCUAAGCUGAAGCGUGUGCUAGUCCUCUUAUUCUGAGAUUUCUCAGAGUAGGCACUGUCAGCUUCGGUAUUCCUGGACUGCCCGAAAUUGUUUAGAUAUCUGCAGCACUCUGCCUAAUCAACACUUCAGAUGCCAUCCAACUGGGAAGCAGCUCGUGCCACGAGAGGUCUUUAAUGAAGCGGGACAGCCAUGGAGAAGAGCGGGAACAUCCAGCUGGAGAUUCCUGACUUCAGUAACUCUGUCCUGAGCCACCUGAACCAGCUGCGCAUGCAGGGCCGUCUGUGUGACAUCGUGGUCAAUGUGCAGGGGCAAGCUUUCCGCGCUCACAAGGUGGUGCUGGCUGCCAGCUCGCCCUACUUCCGUGACCAUAUGUCCUUGAACGAAAUGAGCACAGUUUCCAUUUCUGUCAUCAAGAACCCGUCUGUAUUUGAGCAGCUCCUUUCCUUUUGUUACACCGGUAGGAUAUGCCUGCAGCUGGCUGACAUCAUCAGUUACCUAACGGCCGCCAGUUUCUUGCAGAUGCAGCACAUCAUAGACAAAUGCACGCAGAUUCUCGAGGGAAUUCAUUUCAAAAUUAACGUGGCAGAGGUGGAAGCGGAGUUGAGCCAGACCAGGACAAAGCAUCAGGAGAGACCCCCGGAGUCUCACCGGGUGACGCCAAAUCUCAACCGUUCCCUGAGCCCUCGUCACAACGCCCCGAAAGGGAGCCGCCUGGGCCAGGUUAGCACAGUGCUGGACAUCCGGGAGCUCAGCCCGCCGGAGGAGUCCACCAGCCCCCAGAUCAUCGAACAGAGCUCGGACGUGGAAAGCAGGGAACCCAUCCUGCGGAUCAACAGAGCGGGACAGUGGUAUGUUGAGACGGGAAUGGGAGACCGCGGCGGACGGAGCGACGACGACGUCCGGGUGCUGGGAGGAGUGCGCAUUAAAACGGAGAACCUGGAGGAGUGGCUAGGGGCAGAGAAUCAGCCGUCAGGAGAAGACGGGAGCAGUGCUGAGGAGGUCACAGCGAUGGUGAUCGACACCACGGGCCACGGAUCAAUGAGCCAAGAGACUUACGCGUUAGGGUCCUCAGGGGCCAAAGUAGUCAGGCCGACCAGCAGUGAGAUUGACAGAUUUAGCCCUUCUGGCAGCAUGGUUGCUGUGACUGAGCGGUACAGAUCAAAAAGCGAGUCUCCCGGGCGGAUGGAUGAGCCCAAGCAGCCCAGUUCCCAGGGGGAAGAAUCAGCCAUGAUUGGAGUGAGUGGUUACGUGGAGUAUCUCCGGGAGCAGGAAGUUUCAGAGCGCUGGUUCCGGUACAACCCACGGCUCACCUGCAUUUACUGCGCCAAAUCCUUCAACCAGAAAGGCAGCCUGGACCGGCACAUGCGGCUCCACAUGGGCAUCACGCCUUUUGUCUGCCGCAUGUGUGGGAAGAAGUACACCCGCAAGGAUCAGCUGGAGUAUCACAUCCGCAAGCACACGGGCAACAAGCCCUUUCACUGCCACGUCUGUGGCAAAAGCUUCCCUUUCCAGGCCAUCCUCAACCAGCACUUUCGCAAGAACCACCCUGGCUGCGUGCCUCUGGAGGGGCCUCACAGCAUUUCCCCCGAGACCACUGUCACGUCUCGGGGGCAGGCGGAGGAAGAGUCUCCCCCGCAGGAGGAAGCUGUUGCCGUGGGGGAGACGGCACAGGGAUCUGUGUCCACUACUGGGCCAGACUGAGAUGCAGCGGCAGGGUCUGGGGAGGAAGGACCAUCUUCCCGUUUUGGCUCUAGAGAGUCAGCACCAACCUGGCAGGCUGGUACUGUAAUUAGUGCAAUGCCACCAUUGGACAGAAAGAAGCUCCCAAGAUGUUGCCAAAAUAGAAAAAUCUUUCUCUCUCUCUCUUUCUCUCACAACCCCCCCACAAACAUAGCGUUAAAGGUUUUUCUCCCUUAUUCCUCAUCUUCCUGGGGAAAAACAAGACAACUGUGUCAAUCAACUUCUUAUUCAGGGAUCGACAGGAUUUAAAAUUUUUGUAAUGUUCGAUAGCGAUCAUCAGGACAAGCAGUCCUUUUUAUUUCUCAAAAGAUUGUGGCCCAGCUGCCACUUCCUGCCGGCGCAGAGCCAGCGAGCCUGGCUGCUCCUCGCUGCGUCUUCUGGCCCGCAUCAGAGGGGCAAGCAGGGGCGAGGGGCAGUUGCCUUUCUCCCUUUCCCAGGUAGUUGCCACGUUAAAGAAAACAGACUGUCCUAGUGGAACCUGCCUUGCCUGACUAUAUUUAUCCCUGUCUUAUUUUUGGUGUGUCUCUUUUUACAUUUUUACGUAAACUGUUAUUUUAGGGCUUUUGGCUUGCCCGUUCCAGGCGUGUGGCCUCCUGCCCCUUGUUAAAAGCAGGCACGGCUACGAAGCAGUAUUCUAGAGGUCAGCAAAAUUUGAAGCGCUUACGCUACUGAAAGUGAAAUUUAGCAGCUGUGAGGUUUGCAUCACUCUAAUGUGUGGGGAGAAGGUUUGGAGGGGUCUUUCGGAGAGGGUUGUCCUCUGCUGGUGCUGAUCUGGAGAGUACGGAGCGCUCCGACGUCCUGACCGGUGCGCUGCCGUGCUUCAGGUGUGGCCAGGCGUUAGGAAGAGGUUUGUUUUCUGGCUGAACGGAGGAGUCAGAGGCUGGCUACCAAAGUCGUCCUUCACCCCAGCUCCCCCCUUGACACGCACUUGAUCUUUUAUAACAGCAAUAUGGUUUACUGAGAUACUGUAAUCCCAGCCAAGCAAUCAUGGGUGGUUGCUUUUGAACAUGUUUCUACAAACUAGUUUGAUAACUUUUUUAUUGCUGAAAUGAAAAAAGAAAACCCUACUUUAUUUCCUCGUAAUGGUUCAGGAAACUUAGUAUCAGUGGUUCCUAGAGCAAUCACAACUCUGUCCCGUUGCAUGGACUUAAACUUUUGUAUUCUAAGAAGCUCUGAUGUUUAGAGCAAGUUUAGCAGACCUGGAGAGACAUGCCUGUGUUGUGUAUUGUAGGUGUUUGCACGUGCUUACGUGUUUCCUAAACGGAAAAGCAUGGGACAGGUAGAUAAGUGCAAAUAUCUUGACAUCUUCUGAAGAAGUCUUUUUAAAAAUAUGCAAUACUUUAAGAGUUU